AUGGCAAACAACGCAUCCGCAGCGUCACCAGCAGACCGUCUCGCCGGUCUUGCUCACUCCGAGCAGCACUACUUCAACAGCUACAACCACCAUGGGAUCCACGAGGAGAUGCUCAAGGACGACGUGCGCACCCGUAGCUACCGCGACGCCAUCUACCAGAACCGUCACCUGUUCAAGGACAAGGUCGUCCUCGAUGUUGGUUGCGGAACCAGCAUUCUGUCCAUGUUCGCAGCAAAGGCUGGCGCCAAGCACGUUAUUGGUGUCGACAUGUCGACCAUCAUUGACAAGGCAAAGGAGAUUGUCGAGGUCAACGGCUUGAGCGACAAGAUCACUCUUCUCCAAGGCAAGAUGGAGGAAGUCACUCUUCCUUUCCCCGAGGUCGACAUCAUCAUCUCCGAGUGGAUGGGCUACUUCUUGCUCUACGAAUCCAUGUUGGACACUGUCCUGUGGGCUCGUGACCGCUACCUCAAGAAGGGUGGUCUCAUCUUCCCCGACAAGGCCACCAUCUUUGUCGCCGGUAUCGAGGAUGGUGACUACAAGGAGGAGAAGAUCAACUUCUGGGAUAACGUCUGGGGCUUCGACUACACUCCCCUCAAGCGCACCGCCCUCACCGAGCCUCUUGUCGACACUGUUGACCUCAAGGCUGUUGUCACCGAUCCCGCACCUCUCAUCACUCUUGACCUUUACACCUGCAAAGUCGCCGAUCUCGCUUUCCACCUCCCAUACUCGCUCCCUAUCCGCCGCACCGACUAUGUGCACGCUCUGAUCGCCUGGUUCGACAUUGAAUUCUCGGCCUGCCACAAGCCCGUCAAGUUCUCGACCGGCCCUCACACAAAGUACACCCACUGGAAACAGACCGUCUUCUACCUUGACGACAACCUUACUGUUGAGGCUGGCGAGAAGCUCAACGGCACCCUUCUCUGCAAGCCCAACGAGAGAAACAGAAGAGAUUUGGACGUCGAGAUUGAGUACAACCUCGAGGCCAACGAGCAGGGUCGUGAGGCCAAGGGCAAGUGCACCUACGUCAUGUGCUAA